UUAGCAACCAAACCGGAUCUCGAAUCGACCGAAUCUCUCUCUUCCUCAGCCUCCACAGCACUUAGUUACUUAGAGAAAUGUACUUUCCAAGCCGGGGCAGGCAGGCCAGUGUAACUUUCACAAACUCGGUUAUUUAUUCCGUUCGUCCUAUCACCCUGAGAGGAAGGAUGAGUAAAUUUAUACCAGAAAUUCAAUGCUAUUCGACAAACCAAACUAUGCAAUGUUGUUGCCUACUGCUGCUGUGUAAGUCCUAUUAUUAUAUGGAUGGAUGGUGCGGUGUGUGCAAUGCUGAUAUCGGUUUGGCAGCAUGAGCAUGGAUGGAUGGAGUUAAAGGAGAUUAGGCUACUCAACUAAAGUAAAGUACAGCAAACUCAGUCAAUACUGUUUUUGUCGUGAUUUUGAUUUGACACUCCUGAUCACUCCUUCCUCCGAAACUCACCAAGACCAAGAAGACACACACACACAACCGAAAUCCAUCCGAAGCAAGGACUCAUUUCCUAAUUUACUUUACUACUUCGCCAACCAAGUAACGCCAACCCAGGCAACGCCAACCAGAACCAAGAAGAAGCCCUCACUUUGCUUUGUUCAGUGCGCAUAACACACAAGCCAAAACAACCACACCUAAAAUAGACUCCACCAAGAGGCUCAAUAAAAAUUCCAGAGAGUUAAUAAAAUAAAUUUGGACUUUGUGAAAAAUUCCAGUGCACACACACGCAAAGUGUUCCGCAGAGUGGGACAAAGUGGGAUGAUUACACAUUGUGCUGCUGCUGGUGGUGCAAUUGGGCGCAGUGGAACGGAUCGUCACCCACCGUUAAGUCGUUAAUUCCUUUAAGUCCACGGGCAUCAGGAGCUCUCGCACCUGUAAUAAAUUUACGACAAUAAUAACUCAAACUUGUAAAACCACAUUUUCAUACCGUUUGACUUUCACCCGUUCCACAUCAUGUGUACCGAAGCUGCAAGUGAGUGAAUGACUAAACAAAACUAAAAAUACUAAAAUAAGCGAAAGAUAGCCAAGUAAAUGCAGCAAAUCCUAUCUUUAUUCCGAGGGCUUAAGUGAUUUUCUCUGGGAUUUUGGGAAUGAAAGUAGUCACCACUACUGCUGACUGAAUUGAAUGCAAAGUGCACUGUGCUAGACAUAUUUGUGUGAGGUGAAAGUUAUUUGACAUUGACAUUGAAACUAUAUAAUUCUCAACCCAUUUAAAAAUAAAAUAUGCAGAUUUAAAAACCUGUCUUUACUGCUUACACACAAUUUAGUCAAUUACACUCUUCAAGAUUUCUCCUCUGCAAAAUUUAAGGACAACAACAAUGCAUUCACAAUACGGGGCGAAAUAUAAUACUCAGACAAUAAACAAUGCCAACCAGAGCAUGCAUGGGGCGCAGCAAGUUGCGGGGAACUUAUCAUCCGACUCGUAUUAUAAUUAUGAGAAAAUUUUUUCUGGCGUUGGCGUUAAUCCAACUCCACACCACCAGCAUCAUCACCAUCAUGGAAGUUCAUAUCAUCUUGAUGGAUACUCUAAUCCCAAUCGAAAUCCCGAACUUUUGAGCGAUUUCGAUACGGGAUGCUAUCCCGAUGCCAAUCCUUUUCACAAGAAACACGGCACACCCAACUUGAUUGCUGCGAUGGCUGCAGCCGCAGCAGGGAAUGGACGGGACUCCCUAUUGGGUUCGAUAGGCCCCCAACAACAGCAACCUCAUCAUCAUCAUCACCCUUCAUUGACAAGUCUAAGUUUACUCAAUCAAUCUGCAACAUCGCCCCCACCGACGAGCUCAAGCUGUCCAAGUCCUCCAGCUAGCGGUUCGGAUCCGCGCGGUACUUCCGGAAAUGGGCUGAAGGACUCUCUACUGGACGACACCAACAAUGAGCCCAGUCCAAGCCAAGAGUUGGAAGAAAGUUCUGAGGACAGCAAGAAAAAGUUGAAACGCCAACGGAGACAAAGGACUCACUUCACUAGUCAGCAGUUACAAGAGCUCGAGGCAACAUUCGCGAGAAACAGCAGGUAUCCCGAUAUGAGUACCAGAGAAGAGAUUGCCAUGUGGACUAAUCUAACGGAAGCAAGAGUCAGAGUGUGGUUUAAAAACAGACGUGCGAAAUGGAGGAAACGAGAACGCAACGCCAUGAAUGCGGCGGCACUUGGCGCCGCGGCCUGUGCGGCUGUUGCUGCGAAUGCCCUUGAUUUUAAAUCCAGUCUGAUGCACCCUCACCACCAUCACCAAGCCUCAGCCCACUUUCCCUUCCAAACGUACAACAUGUAUCAUCAACAUCAUGUCCCAGCAUCGACCGUGGUGAGUCCCGACGAGGCGGUCAGCGCCGCGGUGGCAGCGUCUUCCAGCAUCUACUAUCAGGGUUACAGCAACUGGACCAAGUCUGGAGGAUCCGCGGCAGGAAAGUCAAUCGGCACUGGGAGUUUGUUCCCCUGGGGAAACAAUACAAAUCAAUUAAUUGGGAAUAAUUCUGCCAACAAUUAUUAUCAGGGCGGUUACUAUUGCGGAAUGCCAAGUAGUAGUCAACCCAACUCUGGGCUCUCAUUGUCAUCUACGACGAACGACAAUUCCGGAGCGAGCCCCACCCCCAGUGGGAAUGCGUUGUCAUCUCUCCCAAUCAGCGACUCUCAGCAAGCGACGGAAAGCUCGACCAACAUUCUCUCCUCUCUGGUUUCUUCGGGAAACAAUCUCAACCACAGAAUAGCCAAAAAUGGAGGGGGUGGCAAUGGAGCAAGUGGCAACAACAACGGGUCAAACAAAAACGCAACGGCGAAAUUUUAAACACAAGUCAAACCAAAGAAAGUUGUUGAAUUCAUUUUAGUCAUCAAAUACAAUUUUUAUGGAAUAUUACUUAAAUUUUUAUGUGAAUGUGAGUGGCAAUGGGAUGAAUUUGUCGUCGUUGUAAAUCGUUAUGUUUUACGUAUGCAUUAUUAUUAUUGGGUUAUGAUGAGAUAAUACUAGCUUUGAAUAUUACUUAAUUAUGCUAAAAUGUCUGUGUGCGAUGCGAAAAUGUGGCUGACUGAGGAAUUUGUUCAGUGAAGGAAUGUAAAAUAUUUUGUAAAAAAAUUAUGAUUCCGAUCUCAAAUUAGGAAUUUUUUGUAUAAAUAUUCUAUCAGUAUAAAGAAAAGGUCACUUAAAGCGUUUAAAGAAGAAAAGUUUUAACUAUCUAUGUAUGUAGACGCAACAAUUAAUAUGUACUUAAUUAGAUGGCAGUAUUAUUAAUUUUUGAAUUAAUAUUUAGGUAUUAACUGUAUCACAUAAGACGGUCAUUUAUACAUAGUUGAUAGUUGUGACAGAUUAUGAUGCAUUUUUGGUAAUAUACUUACUUAUUUGUCCCUUUGAAU